AUGGUAGCCCACGGAGACAUGAUGAUGGACAUGGCCAUGGCCACAGCAACAUCCACAGGAGCCAUGAGCUCGAGCACCGCGUCACACUCAAUGGACAUGGGAGGCAUGCACGGUGACAUGCACGGUGGCGGGUCAAACAGCUGCAAGAUCUCAAUGUUAUGGAACUGGACCGUCAAAGACGCCUGCUUCCUCUCCAAACAAUGGCACAUCACCUCCAAUGGCAUGUUCGCCGGCUCCUGCAUAGGCGUCAUUCUCCUAGUGAUCUGUCUCGAGUUCCUCCGUCGCGUCGGCCGCGAAUACGAUGCCUUCAUUCUCCGUCGCGCCCGUCUCAGAGCCCAGUAUCUCACGGUCCAAUCUCAGUCAUCAACCCCAGCCGCAGCCUCAGACGCAGAAGAUGUCGCCACGGCCACAAAAGCCUCCUCAUCCGCUCAGCCUUCCGCGGUAAAGGCGCCCAAUUGUCCGGCCGCGGAGGUCCCCGUCCGACCGACCCUCAUCGAACAGCUGGUGCGCGCCCUCAUGCACAUGCUGCAGUUUGCUGUGGCGUAUUUCAUCAUGCUGCUGGCGAUGUACUUCAACGGGUACAUUAUCAUUUGCAUCUUUAUUGGAGCGUUCCUGGGAUCGUUUUUGUUUACUUGGGAACCGUUGCAGCUGGGGAAGGAGAAUGAUGCCCUCGCCGUGACGAAAUGCUGUGGAUGA